CGGGGUUACGUGACGUCACAGAGAAGGCGGAGCCUCCGUGCGUGAUUGGCACGGUGUUCUCCUGGCAGUCUGUUGCGGGACCAGGACAGCGACAGCCGGACGCGGGGCUCCAAUUGUCUUCGACCCGGGACCACAAAGGAGUCAACUGGAGUGCAAACACCACAUGGAAAAAGUGUAGAGUCUGAGCAGUGCCUGACAACCGAAACACAGGACACACACACACGCAGUAGUUCCACAACCACCGGCGGUGCGGCCGGUUUGCAUACUUGUGGCAGCAGGGAAGAAGGAAGAGGUGGGCUCAACGAUGGUCACGGCCAUGGAGGACGCCAAUGCGGCUCGGAAGGAGGAGGCGACGCAGGAGGUGGCGCCCCCAGCCCAGCCUGGAGCGGAAGUGCCUCCUGUGGCUGUCCCGGCCAACCAGGGAGCAGACACAUCUGGAGCUGUGCAGGAGUUUGACAAUCUGAGUGAGCUUCCCACCACCGGGGGCGCCAAAGACAUCGACCUGCUGUUCCUGCGCGGCAUCAUGGAAAGUCCCAUUGCUCACGAACAGCUGGAGGAAGUGAAGCUGGAAGCGGUGCAAGACAACAACAUGGAGCUGGUGACGGACAUCUUGGGCGACAUCAGCAGCCUCAAGGUCAAAGACGACAGUGCGGCCGAACUGUCCAAGAUCCUGCAGGAGCCGCAUUUCCAGUCCCUCCUCGAGGCGCACGACAUGGUGGCCUCCAAGUGCUACGAAGUCCCGCCCCCUGCCGAGAUGGCCAACGACGCGGCAGUGAACAGCGCUCUGAUGCAGGCGGACGCCGUGCGCAUGAUCGGCAUCCGAAAGAAGGCCGGCGAGCCUCUGGGCGUAACCUUUCGCGUGGAGAAAGACGACCUGGUCAUCGCGCGGAUUCUCCACGGCGGCAUGAUUGACAGGCAGGGGCUGCUUCACGUGGGCGACAUCAUCAAGGAGGUGAACGGCAAGGAUGUGGGCAACAAUCCCACCGAGCUCCAGGAAAUGCUGAAGGACUGCAGCGGGGGCAUCACCCUCAAAAUCCUGCCAAGCUACCGCGACGCCCCCGCACCUGCACAGGUCUACGUGCGGCCGUACUUCGACUACGACCCGGCCCACGACAACCUCAUUCCUUGUCGCGAGGCGGGCAUGGUGUUUCAGAGAGGCGACAUCCUCCAGAUCGUCAACAGAGAAGAUCCCAACUGGUGGCAGGCGUGCCAUAUGGUGGGCGGGGCCACGGGACUGAUACCCAGUCAGUUCUUGGAGGAGAAGAGGAAGGCGUUUGUACCACGGGACUUUGAUGGAUCAGGCAUCCUGUGCGGCACCGUCGCUGGGAAGAAGAAGAAGAAGAUGAUGUAUUUGACGGCCAAGAACGCAGAGUUUGACAGGCACGAGCUGCAGAUCUACGAGGAGGUGGCUAAAGUCCCCGCGUUCCAGAGAAAGACGCUGGUUCUGAUCGGUGCUCAGGGCGUGGGGCGACGCAGCCUGAAGAACCGACUCAUGGUCCUUCAACCUACCCGCUUCGGCACUACCAUACCAUACACAUCCCGGCGGCCACGUGACGAGGAGCUGGACGGCAACUCCUACCACUUCACCUCCAGGACGGAGAUGGAGGUGGACGUGAAGGCCGGACGCUUCCUGGAGCACGGCGAGUAUGACGGCAACCUGUACGGCACCAAGAUGGAGUCCAUCCAUGAAGUGGUGGCCACGGGGCGCACCUGCAUCCUGGACGUCAACCCACAGGCUCUAAAGGUCCUGAAAACGGCAGAGUUCAUGCCUUACGUAGUGUUCAUCGCGGCGCCUGACUUUGAAACGCUGAAGGCCAUGCACAAAGCUGUGGUGGACGCAGGCCUCACUACCAAGCAGCUCACGGAUGUGGACUUGAGGAAGACGGUGGACGAGAGUGCCCGCAUCCAGAGGGCGUACAGCCACUACUUCGACCUCACUAUUGUCAACGACAACCUAGACAAAGCCUUUGAGACGCUACAGGCCGCUGUUGAGAAACUGUGUGGCGAACCUCAGUGGGUCCCCGUCAACUGGGUGUACUGAGGAACCCACACACACAAUCCAGCCUGUGUGUGUAUUUGCAGGUACAAGGGCCGAAGCGGAGAACAAGAGCUCUGUAACACAAAUAUUCCUGCAAAAGGUCUCGCUGGAGCCCGCACGCCAUGCAACUUUUUUCUACUGUAACUCAAAGGGAAAGAGUGCUUAUUUAUUUUAUAACUUUUUAUGAAAGAUCUUUCUAUUUCAUGUGGAUUUGCAGCGAGAAAGAACAAUAGUCUGCAGCAUUUUAAAACAAUUAUUUAUUGUAGUUCGUUGUCUUUUUGCAAGUGUUGUUUUAGUUGAGUCUCCUUCAUCUUUUAGCUGCCUAGCUUGAAACACAAUCAGAAGACCUGAAAAGAGUGUCAUGUAUGAUCAAAUAUCUUUAUAGUUUUCUCUCAUGUGCUUCUUGUUUCUUCUGUACUUUUGUCACCAAUCAUCCUGCCUGCCUGCCUGCCUGCACUACAAGCCUCAUUGUGUUCAAUAAUCUAUGUCAAAGUUGCACAAAACUGGUCCUCACAUGGCCUAUUCUCCUCAACUAGUGCACACACUCGAGGGUAAACCUCGUCAUUCCUUCCGAAUGUGAGUCCUUAUUUAAAUGAGUUUAACCCGGUGGUGCCACAACAUAGACAACCUACCGCCUGUUUGCAAGUCUUUUCAUAAAUCAUCACCUUGUGUUUCUACAUUUUUACCUGCAAUGUUAAGAUGAAUAAAAUUGAUUUCAUUUCA